UAGAGCAAGGGCGUAUUUGCUUCGAACAAGGAAAGGGUGGAACUAAAGUAUGGAGUAACAGGGGCAGAGCAAAGUGUUAGAGGUAUUUGUUAUCUUCGUUUUACUUUUGUAAAAUAGUAGGCAACAUGCUAUGCUAGAUUGGGCUAAAUGAAGGCUACAAGAUCUGGACUCCAAACAACAACGAGAUAGUGCAAAGAGAUACCACUCUGGUUUUAUCCAGUGGUCUUUUGGAUUAUUAUAGAAAUCAUUUUAACAAGUUCCCAUUGCACACUUAAGAGCACAUUUACAGAGUGCCGGGCAAUUUCCGGACUAGAAGGAAGGAGAAGCGGCUGCUGGCUAUCUCAGAGGCAGCUCGAGCGGAGGGGUGGACGAGCAGCAAUGGCGGGGCCUUACGAAAGCUCGCCCGUGAUAGUAACGGUCACGUAUGGCAAUGAAAAGCAUAACCUUCAGGUUAAUUCUCAAGAAGAUAGUCAACCAACAGUACAUGAUUUGGCUUUAUUAACUGAGCAAGUAACUGGAGUUCCAGUGUCUUUUCAGAAACUGAUAUAUAAGGGAAAGUCAUUGAAAGAAAUGGAACAGCCAUUGUCAACGCUUGGAGUGAAAAAUGGUUGUAAAGUUAUGCUGAUUGGGAAAAGGAACAGUCCUGAGGAGGAGACUGAAUUAAAGAAAUUAAAAGUUUUGGAGAAAUCAGUGGAACAGCUUGCUAAAAAAAUAGAUGAAGUAAAUAAAGAUCUUAGAGAGAUUCAGAAAGAUUUUCUUGCAAAGAAUAAUCAAACUGAAGCUCUUAGUCAGUUGGAUAAGCGGAUAAAGGGAACUGCUGAGCAGUUUAUGAAAAUUCUGGAACAAAUAGAUGCUAUUAUUCUACCAGACAACUUUAAUGAUAGUAAACAAAAAAAGAAAGGGCUAGUGAAAAAAGUUCAGGCUUUUCUUGCACAGUGUGAUACAGUGGAAGGAAAUAUUGGUCAAGAAAUGGAUAAACUACAGUCAAAGAAUAUGGUCCUUGCAGAAUGAAGCUCUUUUAAGUAACUAAGAUAAUGAAUUGCUCUGUGAGCAAAAAGUUUGCUCUUGUUUUUGGAAUAGUUAUUCCAGUGUUCAAAUUUUUAGUUUUAGCAGAGUUUUGUGGGAGUGUUGCAUGUUAGCUAUUGUUUACUCAUCAAUAUGUAUUUUAGUCAGGAAAGCCUUCAGACACACAACCCAUCUCUGUUUUGUUUAUUAUUUUUCCCUUGCUACAUUUCAAUAUAUCUUUCUAUGAACACA